AUGUCUGGAAAGGUCCUAUGGCGAUGUUCCGGCAUCCUUAGAGGAUGCAAAGCUAACAUUAUCAGCAAAAACGAAAAUCCUUCGGAAGGAUUAGAGGCAUGCAAAGGACACCAUAAUCACGAGAGACCGCAGUACCAUCAAAUGGUGGAUGGAACUUGGAUCAAGGUGUUUUACAAGACAUCAGCUAGAGGGAAACGUCAGCUGGUGGUGAACGGCUUCGCCUUCAUCUGCCGGACGUACUGCGUCAACCACAUCAAGAAGAUUUGGAAGUGCGCCUCCCACUCGGACUGCACCGCCAAAGUCCACACUAUCCAAGACCAAAUCUUUAUUGUUCCAGGAGAUGCAGGUUUAAAUUUAAUAAUAAGUGAUAUAACCUCUGGUGUCACACAAGACAAUUCUGAUGACGAUGUAAUUGAAGUAGUAAGAGAUGAAGCCCCCAUUGAAAUAUUAUCCGAUGGAGAAGAAUAUGAAUUAAUUAAAAAGAAGCAUAACGAACAAUUUGCAGUAACAGAAAAUUUCCAAUUUUCAUCGCUUGUUAUUAAUGAAACAAAAGAGGAUUCUUACCUCGAAAAAAUGGACACAAGUGAACCGGUCGAUCCUUUAAAAAGUUUUGAGGAGAGCGACAUUUUGAAUCAAAAUCCUGUUGAGCCUGCAGCUCCAUUGAUUCAUGCUGUUACAGUACCUGUAAUAGCACAUUCCUCGACUGUCGACAUUCCAAAAGAACCCAUAAAAUCAGAUAUUGAAAGUAAAGCUGCAAAAAUAAGCAUUACUGAUAAAAAAGAAUUAAAUCAAAGUGACCAAACAAAAAAGGAUGAUUCAUCAAAACCAGAUAAAGUUGAUACGGUGGAAUUCCCUAAACCAGACGAAAAGAAAGUACAAACACCUCUUCCAGACAAACCUGAAAAUGUUCCCAAUGAUCAAGUGCCUAAUAAAAGUACUACAAACAAAGUUGGCUAAAGUUGUACUAUUUAAAGAUACUCAAAUUUUACUACUUUAUGAACACAUUGUAUUAAAAUAUUAAAUAUUCGAUUUUUGUAAGCUUUAGAAUAACAAUUAUUAACAUUUGAAUGUGCUAGAAGUUAUGCGUACCUAUUUUAGUUAAUUUGUGUGUAUUUAGUCUCAUUAAAU